AUGGAUGAUGUUUUCGACGGCGCCAUUGGUAUCGAUCUUGGUACCACAUACUCAUGCGUCGGUGUCUGGCAAAACGACCGUGUCGAAAUCAUCGCCAACGAUCAGGGUAACAGGACAACACCAUCAUACGUCGCCUUCGCCGCAGAGGAGCGUUUGAUCGGUGAUGCCGCAAAAAAUCAGGCAGCCAUGAACCCCCGCAACACCGUGUUCGAUGCCAAGCGUCUUAUUGGCCGCCGAUUUGACGACCCCGAUGUGAAAAAGGAUAUGGUCCACUGGCCCUUUGAGGUCGUCGAAAAGGAUGGAUCACCACUGAUCAAGGUCCAAUAUCUUGGCGAGGAGAAGACUUUUACCCCUCAGGAAAUCUCGUCAAUGGUCCUCACCAAAAUGAAGGAGAUCUCUGAAGCUAAGCUCGGUAAGACUGUCAAGAAGGCCGUUGUCACUGUCCCCGCUUACUUUAACGACUCCCAACGGUUGGCUACCAAGGACGCUGGUGCCAUCUCUGGUCUUGACGUUCUCCGUAUCAUCAACGAGCCCACCGCUGCUGCCAUUGCCUACGGUCUCGAUCGUCAAUCGAAGACGGAGAAGAACGUUCUCAUCUUCGAUUUGGGUGGAGGAACCUUCGAUGUUUCCCUCCUCAACAUCACUGGUGGUGUCUUCGCCGUCAAGGCUACUGCUGGUGACACUCACUUGGGUGGAGAGGACUUCGACAACGCUCUUCUUGAGCACUUCAAGAACGAGUUCAAGAAGAAGACUAAGCUCGACAUUGCUGAUGAUGCUCGUGCUCUCCGUCGCCUGAGAAGUGCGUGUGAACGUGCCAAGCGCACACUCUCCAGUGUCACUCAGACGACGGUCGAGGUCGAUUCCCUCUUCCAGGGCGAAGACUUCUCUGCCAACAUCACCCGUGCCCGUUUCGAGGAGAUCAACGCUGCUCUCUUCAAGUCCACUAUCGACCCGGUCGAGAAGGUCUUGAAGGAUUCCAAGAUCCCUCGUGAUAAGGUUGACGAUAUUGUCCUCGUCGGUGGCUCCACCCGUAUCCCCAAAAUUCAGGCAUUGGUUUCAGAAUACUUCGGUGGACGUCAGCUCAACAAGUCCAUCAACCCUGAUGAGGCUGUUGCAUACGGUGCCGCCGUCCAGGCCGCUGUCCUCACUGGCCAGACAUCUGAGCAGACGAAGGAUCUCCUUCUCCUUGAUGUUGCCCCUCUCUCCCUCGGUGUUGCCAUGCAAGGCGAUGUCUUCGGUGUCGUUGUCCCCCGUAACACUCCCAUCCCCACGAACAAGUCAAGAACCUUCACCACUGUCGAGGACAACCAGACCACCGUUACGUUCCCGGUCUACGAGGGUGAGCGCACUCAAUGCCGCGACAACCGACUGCUCGGUGAAUUCGAACUCAACGGGAUUCCCCCAAUGCCCCGUGGCCAAGCUGAGCUCGUUACUACUUUCGAGGUUGACGCCAACGGUCUGUUGAAGGUCUCUGCCCAAGAUCGUGCUUCAGGCCGCAAGGCCAGCAUCAGUAUCGUCAACUCCGUUGGUCGUCUCUCAUCGGCUGAGAUUGAGCAGAUGAUCAAGGACGCUGAGCAAUUCAAGACCGCCGACAAAGAAUUUUCCGCCCGACAUGAGGCCAAAUCCGACCUCGAGGCCUACAUCCACCAGGUUGAGGGCACCAUCACCUCGCCCGAAAUUGGCAUGAAGCUCAAGCGUGGAGCUAAGUCUCAAGUUGAGGCUGAGCUUGCGCGUGCUCUGGAGAAGUUGGAGAUCGAGGACUCGUCAGCAGAUGACCUCAAGAAGGCACAACUGGGCAUCAAGCGUGCCCUCCAAAAGGCAACCGCCGGUAUCCGAUGA